AUGAUUGGGAAUUGGGAAGGUGUUGACGAAGAAGAUACGGGCGGUGCGGGAGAGGAAGAAAGCGAGGACAACUUUACGGACGCAGAUCUAGUGUCGAGCCAACGGGCCUAUUCGCUCCUGAAUUUGGGCAAAGUGAUGCGAGAGCUCACCAAGGCCAGGGAAGCCUUUGAUGAUUACAACGAUAAUAACCCAAAGGAACAGAAGAAACAGCACCCAACUACUGUUAGUACUGAAGCUGCCACGGGAGUAGCCCGUCUUCCCUCUUGGGCAACCCCGAAUGUUCCACAUGCUGCCGCCACCACCAGUGCCACAGUAUUGCUGGAAGAUGACUGGGAAUUCACGUCGAGUGUUUGGCACUUGUUGCUGGAAGAUGACUGGGAAUUCACGUGGCGUGUUUGGCACUUGUUGCCCUUGCACGAACGGAGAGAAAUUGCCCAUCGUCAUGGGUACUCCAUUGGAACCUUUGAAGAGAACAUGAGUUUGCAGCAGGCGCUCGAUAAGGAUAUACCAUCAUCAGCCAACAAACCGUAUAGCAGCAAUCAGCUUGCCUAUAAUAUACGACCCGAUAAACGCGGGUGGUAUAAACGCAAGCAGGAAGCACAACAGCAGGACGGUCUCGACCGUGAUACGGAUAGUCAGCCACAACAGAGUGCAGUAGAAAGAAUCAGCUCAGGAGGUCUCCGCUUCAUCAGAACAAAACCCACUGCAAGUAGUAGUAACCACAGGGAAGAUGAAGAAUCGGUUGUGGUCCAAGAUCGACCCCCAAUUGUGGACGAGUCCAUGGAUAAUUCCAUCACUCUCCAUGAUGUUUCCAAUCAUACAGCCGCCAUCUUGUCUCUUGGUUUGGAGGAAGCCAAUGAGGUUGUUAUGUCGGUGAAUGAUCUUUGUGAAGAUCUAAUCUUGCCUGGAGCCUUUUCUGUGACUUGGCUCAACAUUUCCACUGUGGAUGAAUCCAAUGCCAACCUCAUUGAUGACACAGGCUAUAACGAAUAAAAUCUUCCUUUGCCGGUUAUGC